AUGGAGCGUAAGAAGAGGAAGUUGACCAGCCACCGACGCUUAGACCAGGAGCUGCCCUUCCACCAGAGGCUUCUAGGUGGUGUCCAAAAGAGUUUCGGAUCUCCGCUGGCCUAUCAAGCUCGUUUGUCCUUGGAAAGGGAUAAUAAAAUGUCAGAUUUUGAGACCUUCAUCAAUGUGCUCAAGUGUGGAUUUGGAACUGGGUGUUUGGCCAUGCCACAGGCUUUCCUGUUUUCCGGAUGGUUAUUGGGUCUUAUAAGUACUGUCGCUCUGAGCUUCUUUGUACUUUAUGCAAUGCAUACUCUGCUCGAGCAUAUUAAUUCCCUAGGAGAGCGCUUUAAGAUGCCAUUACUUAAUUAUCGAAAUGUCGUGGAACUGGCUCUCAGCAUUGGACCACCAAAGUUUCAGUUUUUAAGCAAACCUUUUGGAUACCUAGUGGAUGUCCUGCUCUGUGGUUAUCACUUUGGAGUGGACUGUGUCUAUGUGGUUUUUAUAGCCAAAAGUCUAAAGCAUUUAGGGGAUAUAUACUUGUGGCCUUUGGAUGAGAGACUCUACAUGGCUUUGCUCGCUUUGCCUUUGACCUUAACGUUUAUAAUACGAGAUCUGAAGAGUCUUGUGCCAUUUGCCUUAAUAGCCAAUAUUCUGAUAUUCGUGGGCUCUUUUAUAAUUUUAAGCUACUUCUUCCGGGGUCUUUCUAGGUUUGAUCAACUUCAUGCCAUUCAGCCGUUGAAGAACUUUCCUUUUUUCUUUGGCAUCGUACUGUUUGCCAUCGAAUCGGUUGGAGUGCUCCUAGCCCUUGGUCGCAAUAUGCGAACCCCAGAUAAUUUUUUGGGUACUUGUGGAGUUCUCAAUCGGGGAAUGUUUGUGGUAAUUAUUUUUUAUGUGGUCUUUGGAUUUUUUGGUUACUGGCGUUACGGACAAUACACGCAAAACUCGGUUCUGCAAAACCUACCAGAAAACGAAAUCCUCCCCCAGUUGGUGGCUGGAAUGUUUGCCCUGGCAAUAUUCUUCAGUUAUCCUUUGCAAGGUUACGUUACUGUGGAUAUUAUAUUCAGGAGUUAUUUGGAGCCGGAACUGGAGGAUGGUGCUUCGAAGGCAGUGGAGAUCCUGGUGCGAAUCGCUUUGGUUAUCGCCUCCGUCCUGAUGGCCAUCCAAUAUCCGGACUUUGGGUUGCUCCUCUCCUUCGUGGGAUCCUUUUGCCUGGCCCAAUUGGGACUGAUCCUGCCGGGAAUCGUGGAUUUUUGCGCUCACUAUGAGGAGGGAUACGGACCUGCAAGGAUCCUUCUUCUCCGAUCGAUGCUUUUCAUCUGUGUGGGUUUGGCUGGAGGAGUUGCCGGUACAGUGGUCACCCUGCGGACGCUCCAAGCUCGCUAUCCCAUUUCUUUGUGA